AUGCCUGGACGCAUCUUUCCCAGCGGCACUCCAAGCCGGCACGAGCUAGAGAGGCAGUUAAGCGCCGCCCAGCACGACCUAAGGGAAGAGAGGGACUACUGUAGCCGCUUAGAGAGAACGAUCGAAACACGAAGCGAGCUCGUCAGGAGCGAUCUGGCAGAGCAGGAGUCAAAGGCGAAGGCCAGAGCCGACACGCUAUUCCACAGGAAUCCAUCACCGGACUCAGACGAGUAG